CUUAUAGAGUUAGGUCUCAACUCAAAUAGGUUUAGCGGUGAAAUUCCAGAGUGUCUAAGCAUCUUCAGAAACCUCCAAGUUCUUGAUCUUUCUCAAAAUCAAUUCAGUGGCACUUUUCCAUCCUUCAUUGGAAAUAUGACAUCCCUUUCAUAUUUGUCUCUCUUUGACAACAACUUACAAGGCUCAUUUUCAUUGAGUAUUUUGGCUAACCAUUCAAAACUUCAGGUUCUUUAUAUUUCUCCAACAAGCCCUAAAACACAAGUUGAAACUGAAAAUGAACAAUGGUUUCCAACAUUUCAGUUAAAGUAUCUCAUCCUUCGAAGUUGCAACUUAAAUUUGGAUAAAGGAAGUGUUAUUCCAAGUUUUCUCCAAUAUCAGAAAGAGCUCCAAUAUAUCGACAUCUCGUACAACAAAUUGGUUGGAGCAUUUCCAAAUUGGUUGAUUCAAAAUAACUCAAGACUCAAAUAUUUCUUGGUUUCGAAUAACUUAUUUGAUGGAAAACUUGAAUUGUUCUCCAUCAGACAAAAUAUAACUUGGCUAGAUAUCUCAAACAACAAUGUUUCUGGUUCACUCCCAAAAGAUAUUGGUACAUUCCUUCCUGUGGUUAGGAGGUUAAAUCUGUCAACAAAUAACUUUGAAGGAAGUAUACCUACUUCAAUUGGUGAAAUGCAAGAACUUUCCUCCUUGGAUUUGUCUCACAAUCACUUCUCAGGUGAAUUGCCUGAUGAAUUAGCAAUCGGGUGCAUUAGCCUCCAAGAAUUAAGGCUUUCCAACAAUCUUUUCCAUGGGAAUAUUCCUAAAUUUUCCAAUUUUACAUCUUUGUCAAUCUUGUUUGUCAAUAACAACAACCUCAAUUGCACUCUGAAAGAAGUAUUGCAAAAUUUGAAUGGUAAUGGAUUAAUGGUAAUAGACAUAUCCAGCAAUUCAAUCUCAGGCUCAAUUCCUAGUUCAAUUGCAAAGUUAUCACGUGUGUGGAUUCUUCUCAUGGGAAAUAAUCAAUUGGAAGGUGAAAUCCCCAUUGAAUUCUCCAACCUAGUGAUGCUUUUUGUGUUGGAUCUUUCACAAAAUAGAUUAUCUGGGUCAAUCUCACAUGUUAAUCCAUCAAUCUUGAGGGUCUUGUAUCUGCAAAAGAAUGCUUUCUCAGGCUCCAUACCUCUCAGAUUCUUUGAGAACCCAACAAGCCUAACAACUCUAGACUUGAGGGAUAAUAAUUUUUCUGGGAAUAUUCCCUACAUGAUUGAUAAACUAUCAGAAUUACGAGUGCUUUUACUUGGAGGGAAUAAUUUUUCUGGUUACAUCCCUGUUCAAUUAUGCCAAUUACAAGAUAUCACCUUAAUAGAUCUUUCACGCAAUAAGCUCAAGGGUUCAAUACCAUCUUGCUUCAACAAUCUU